AUGAAGCUUCUCAUCGGCAUCCUUGCGGCAAGCUUGUCGUUUCUGGCAACAGCCGAUAGCGCCCGAAUCGACCGUAUACAAGCGCGACAAAGCAAUUUCACUAGGACCAAUAUCCGCGAUGCAGUAGCGCACCCAAAUGCCACAGGAAGGUGGCCCAUCAAUGGCAUCGAUGUGACGGAGCCACUGCUGGAUCCACCGACCGAUGACUACGGCCCUGGAAAUGGUUGGAGCAUCAACAUCGCCAUUGCAACCAACAUAUCUGCCGACGACGUCAGCACUUCAGUAUCGAAUCCCGCAGUCAUAACUCUUGAAGGACCAGAGAAUACCUUUCAAGGCCUUAACUCGUCGACGAACUACACUGAGAAUUAUGACAUCUGUUCCUUUGCCUGGUUUGAAAACGUCUGGACCGUGAAAGAACUAGAAAAGCUUCAAGAUGAUGUCAACGGAACCUGCAAUGGUGUUGUCUCCGAGGACUGCAUUAAGGAGAUCAAGGAGGCCCUGGUGCGCCAGCCGUGUCGCACCUUCAGAAGCUUCGAAAAACCUAAGAACUGCCCUCAAGCACUUGAAUCCCCUUCGUCGUUUCGAAGUAAUUCCUCUUCUCACCUCUUCGGCAUCUGGGGACCUUACUCGAACAGAUCGGAAGCUGGUCUACGUGAUGCGUACGACACAGCUCUUACAAAUGUCUACCCUAUGCUUCUUGCAUACACUUACGAAGAUGGGGAGACCCGGUCGAAUUACAGUGUAUUUCGUUGCGUUCGCGCCAAUAACAUCGUAGAGGGAAGCCGUGAACCAGAUUCGUUUGGAAGCAACAGGAGGAGCUCUGCAGGGCGGGUUUCUUGGUCAAAAGCUUCUGCACUGAUCAGCAUGCUCCUAUCCUUCUCGCUCACUAUGCUCCUGUGA